CUGUUUCACACGCGCCUCAAACCAUCCUCUUGAGGCCGCCCACCACUCCUUUCCUUUCUCUUCUUCACUGCGCGGAGUCUAUUAUUCACUUGCUAGAGCUAUAAAUUAGCUCCAGAUUCUUUCGUCCCCUUUUAGCGGAGUGAAGGAGAGCACAGGAUGCUGCUCUCGCGACCAUGGAGUAGCCUUUGGCUAUUGGCGGGGAGUUUGACUGGAGUUCUGGGCUUAGGGCUGUCUGAAAAUCCUGAUAUCAAGGCGAUCGCGCUGCGGACACACAGUCUUGAACCUCCCUAUCUAGACUCGGACAUGCAAAGCCGUUGGUGGGACUUUGGCGGAGACACUCUUGUUCGGACCGACAAAUACGUUCGCCUUGCUUCCGACAAGCCCUCGAGGACAGGAUGGAUAUUCUCACGCGUACCACUGACAGCUACCAACUGGGAAAUCCUCAUCGACUUCAAGAUUCACGGUCAAGGCAACCUGUACGGCGAUGGCUUCGCAAUGUGGCUCACUAAACAGCGAGCACAAGCUGGGCCAGUCUUUGGAUCCGCCGACAACUUCGAGGGUCUAGGAAUAAUUUUCGAUACGUACAAGAACAACCGACCAGGCACCGUAUUCCCCUAUGUUCUGGCGGUGAUGGGUGAUGGGAAGACCCCCUACGACAAGGACAAUGACGGCAAGGCCAAUGAGCUGGCCGGCUGCUCUGCCCGCGGCAUGCGCAACCAAAACCACGCCACCAAAGCGAAACUGACCUACUUCCAAGACGAAUCUCUAAAGCUAGAGCUGGCAUACAAGAACGAAGACGAAUGGACCGAAUGCUUCAACAUCCCCAAUGUCAAAGUGCCACCAGUUGCCUACCUGGGCUUCUCCGCAGAGACUGGCGAGCUCUCCGACAACCACGACAUCCUCUCCGUUCACACCAAAAACCUCUACGUCCACAACUCCGGCACCAAUGCCGGCACAGGCGCCCCUAGUAGCCCCGGCAAGGGUGGAUCCCGGUACGACAAGUACGCCGCCAAGAAGGAGAAGGGUAGCUGGACGUGGUUCUUCCUGAAGUUUGUGCUGUUUGGAUUGGUGGUUACGGGUGGGUAUGUUGGCUUCACGGCGUAUAGGGCAAGGCAGCGGAGUUCGAGGUUCUAGGCUGAAGUAGGGAAACUGUGGAAUGGGAGUUCAGUCGGGUUCGGGCGUGGUGUAUUUCAACAACUUUGGAAAAAGGAGGUGUUCAGUGCAUGUGCAAUAUUUCAAGCGUUCUGGGAAGGCUGGGACGUCUUUGGAAACACUGGAAGUUCUUUAGUAGCUCAUUGAGAAAUGUAUAACCACGAAAACAGGUCUAGUUGACCCUACU